UCUCCUGCUCAUUCAGCCACAGCCCUGAAACUCUUUCAGCUCCACCCCUGAAGCUCAUUACUUCCACUCUAUUUAAGACUGUCAGUUCCUCUGCCUCAUUGCCAGAUCUUAGUUAGUGCUCCUGCCUGCUCUGUAUCCCGCAGUUGAUUACUCGUUGUUGUUGUUUUUUUCAUUUUUGACCAUUCCCUGCUACCUGUCAUCAACCUGCCUGACGUAUCUGUAUCUUUGCUUUUGUUGGAAGUGAAGCUUUUUUGUCUGACUCCUGCCUCUGCCUGUGAUUCUGGUUUUGGUUCUGCCCUGAUCCGUGACACUUAUUCCAGGGAGGAAAAUGAUUAAGCAAGUGGUUAUUGGGAUUGUGUGUGGUGCUGUCGUCCUGACCGCAGGAAUCCUCAUCGGCCACUUUGGUAUCACCAAAGGCGGCAGCUCGGCGCCGUCCUGGGUGAAGGAUUUGGCGAAGGAUGUGGACGAGAGCCUUAUUAAGAAGUUCAUGUCUGAGGUGGACAACAUCCAUAUACAGGAAAACCUCAGGGAGUUGUCUAAAGUGCCCCACAUGGCCACCACACCUGGAGAUGAGAAGACAGUGCAGUUAAUGCUGAACAGAUGGCAGGACAAAGAAACCGGUCUUGACCUGGCUUGGAGAGAAGAGUACUUGGUCUAUCUGUCCUUCCCUGACCCCAAGAACCCCAACAAGGUCACUGUAGUGAGCCCGACUGAUACUGUGCUGCACACUGUCAGAGAAAAAGAGAAGCCAUAUUCCCCGGAACAAGAUGAUCCUGACGUGGUUCAGCCAUAUGCUGCAUACGCCCCUGCUGGACACCCAAAGGGGAAACUGGUGUACGCCAACCAGGGGAGACUAAUUGACUACCAGACGUUGAACGAGACAGUCGACCUUAGAGGAACCAUUGCUAUCACCAGAUAUGGUGGAGAAAUAAGAGCUGUUAAAGCCAUCAAUGCAGCACUCUACGGUGUAGUUGGCAUGGUCAUCUACUCUGACCCGAUGGACAUCAACAAUGGUCUCAUGUCAGACGUCAAUGAGACGUAUCCUCACUCCUGGUACCUGCCGCCCUCUGGUGUGAAGAGAGGUUCCUUUAAAAUUGAGUAUGGAGACCCCCUUACACCUUACCUGGCUGCCAAAGAUCAUACCUACAGAAUUCCAGUUGAGAACAUCACAGGAAUACCUCCCAUUCCAGUCCAACCAGUCGGAUUUGAGGAUGCCUACAGGCUAAUCUGCGAGCUAGGUGGAGAAGCAGCUCCUGGUCCAUGGCAGGGAGCAUUCAACUGUACCUACAACUUUGGUGGUCCAGGGUUCAAAGAUACAUCUGUUUUCAACAACAGUGAUGUGAAACUGGACAUCUUUAACUAUGAAGAGAUAAAGAAUUCCACCAAUGUGAUGGGAGUUAUCAGAGGGAGUGUUGAGCCAGACAGGUAUGUGAUCUUUGGGAACCACAGGGAUGGUUGGGUUAAUGGCGCCGUUGACCCAAGCAGUGGGACGUCUGUCUUCCUGGAAGUGACCAGACUGCUGGGCAGGAUGGUCAAGCAGGGAAAAUGGAGGCCUCGAAGGUCCAUGAUCUUUGGAAGCUGGGGAGCGGAGGAGUUCCGCAUUACUGGGUCUACAGAAUACGCAGAGCAAUACUUCACCAAACUAAGUGAAAGAACUGUUGCUUACAUCAAUAUGGAUUUAGCUGUUUUGGGCGACGCCUCGAUCAAGGGUACUGGGAUACCAUCACUACAGAAUGUCAUCUUCAAAGCCACAAAGCAGGUCGAUACACCUGGACUGGAUUCCAUUUCUCUGUAUGAAAACUGGAAACGGUUUUCCAGCAGGACAAGCCCGGCCCAUGGACACAUACCCAGGGUGGGAUACCUGUCAGGAUCACUGAGUGAUUUCGCUGCCUUUGUCCAUUACCUGGGAAUCACUUCCAUGGACAUAAAUUACACAUUCAACCCGAAUAAAACAAAAGCUUGGUAUUACCCUGCGUACCACACUGCAUACGAAACCUUUGACUAUGUUUCAAAGUUCAUUGAUCCUGGAUUUUUCCGCCACCAAGCUGUUGGCAGGACAGCAGGAAACAUCCUGAUCCGACUGGCUGACAGCCUGGUGUUGCCACUAAACUGCAGCGACUAUGCUGAACUUCUGGAGGACUACCUCAGCACAGCAGUGAAACUUUAUCAGAAUAAACUGGAAGCAAAGAAAAUCUCCAUGGAACCACUAAAACGUGCAGUGGCCAGCUUCCGCACUGCAGCGACUCAUUUGGACGAGGUUAUUCACGGUUUGGACCUGGCAAAUGAAACACCGCUGAAGAUCAGAAGGAUCAACGACCAGCUCAUGCUGCUGGACAGAGCUUUCUUGAAUCCUCUGGCCUUCUCAGAUAAAUAUGCAACCAGGCAUGUUAUCUGGUCUAUAAGUGGUGACCCCCAGCUGACCUUCCCAGGUCUGCCUGAUGCCUUUGCCAGCGCUGAGUCAUCGCAACAGUCCAGCGCCUGGGACAAAGUGCACUACCACCUGUCAGUCCUGAGUCAGGCCAUCGAGGGCGCUGCCGACACAUUGGUUGACGUCAUAUAGACAAAGAGGAGAAAGGAAGAAGAAACGGCACUGCAAUAGUUCUUUCCUGCAUCCAAUGAGCACUGAUCAGCUGAUGAUGACUAUUUACGGGUGAUAUUAAGUGGGAAGAUUGAGUAAUCUAUGAACAAAGAUCCUCACCAAACAGUAACAUGAAUGAUGUCUGCUAUCUUUGUUCAAAUGAUUAAACAAUUUCAAUGUGAUGGAUCUCUUUUUUAUUAAAGCACUUCAGUUGAUGAACCACUGUUGAUCCAGUUGUAGUCUUUUGUAAAUGUACACUAACCAGUAAAAUCUGCUGAUUACUUAUACCAGUCUUUCUGCAUUGAGUUAAUAAAAGUACAAAAAUGAAAGGGUAAACGCAGCAGGACAGUUUGAGCGCAUUUUAUGCAAUUUCCAUUCUUUAUUUUUUGAUCAUUUUGGCUGUGUUCGUGCAUUUGGCAUGACUUUUGGCAAGAUUGUGUAUUCUUAUUUGAUCUUGUUAUUUCCAGCUCAGCUCCUGCAAGGGGGGCUAAAAUACAGUGUACAAACAAUAGUUACACUCUUAAGGUUGAGUAUGUAAAACGCGCCAUUGAAACACAUUCAAAUUUUUUUUUUUUUUUC